AUGGAUGUUGCAAACAAAAUUCUCCCAAUUUGCGCAGAUUACUCAACAACGGCCAGAUUUAUUGAUGUACAGUCGCUGUACAGUCACGGUCUCGUCAACCAUGCUCUUGCCGGAGCUAUGAAGCGUUUGGUCAAGGAUUACUUCAUUCUUCUCUGUCAGCUGGAGAACCAAUACCGAAACUGUCGACUGGGUGUUGCCCGCUUACAAUUCGCACUGCAGUAUCUGAGUUCACCUCUCUGUCUUCUCUAA